UAAACGAGCUAGUGUAAGUUGUGUCGUGACUUGUGAAAUAUGGAAACAGGUUAUUUUAUUUAUGACCAUUUCCCUAUUUGGUACCUUCGACAGAACCGGUGGUUGAUUCCAUCCUUGUUUCUAUGGUGAAGCUUGGAAGCUUCGCUGUCCUUGGCCGGGGAUCAGUUUCUUUCUAGAACGACGAAGCUAUCAACUAUCUAGGAUGCAGAAUGGAUUCGUUUGAGUGGAUCGAAAGUAGUAGACAGCAGGUAUGUACUCCUGUAAGAAUGAAAAGGAAAAUUAGAUCCAAGAGAUAUGAAUUCGUUGGUUGGGGAUCAAGACCACUUAUUGAAUUUCUUGAAUCAAUUGGUAAGGAUAUCAAAGAGAAGAUUUCUCGACACGACGUUACCUCCAUUAUUAAUGAAUAUGUCAAUAUUAACAAUCUUCUUCAUCCCUCUAGAAAGAAACGAAUCCUUUGCGAUGAUAGGCUUCAUUCCAUCUUCGGAAGGAAAACAAUUGGCCGUAUUAAAAUCCAUGACAUGCUAGAACCACACUUUGCCGAGAAUCAAGAUGAAUCAGAUGAUGACUUUUCUUACAGCUCUGACGAGACGGAAAAUUUUUUAAAUACCCUCAAACGGGAGAAUGGUAUAAUCCCAGGAAGGAAGCUCAGUCAGAAGACGAAAGUGCGUGUGAACCCAAACUGCUCUUUUGCUGCCGUGGUUCCUGGAAAUAUUAAUCUUGUCUACUUGAGAAAGAGUUUAGUAGAGGAACUGGUUAAAGAUCAUCAAACCUUUGAGAGCAAGUUGAUUGGUAGCUUUGUCAGGAUUAAAUCUGAUCCCCAUGACUAUCUUCAGAAAAAUACUCAUCAACUCGUGCAAGUUAUAGGGGUGAAGAAAAUUUCUAUAUCUGGUGAUUUGGGUACAGGAUUCCUUCUUCAUGUUUCUAAUGUGAUGAAAGACGUCAGCAUUUGCAUGCUUUCAGAUGAAAAUUUUUCUGAGGAGGAAUGCAAAGAUCUGGAUCUGAGAAUAAAAAACGGCUUGAUCAAGAGAUUAACUAUUGUAAGUUUUUCUUUUGUCGCUCAGAUGGUCCUCUUGCAUCUUAAUUGAAAAGUUAGUUCUUUACUGCUGAUUUCAAUAUAAUAAUUG